CCUACGUUCCUUGUGGAACUGUCCAGAGUGCUGGCAAAUCCAGGAAACAGUCAGGUUGCCAGAGUCGCAGCUGGUCUACAAAUCAAGAACUCUUUGACAUCGAAAGAUCCAGAUAUAAAGGCACAAUAUCAGCAGAGGUGGCUUGCUAUUGAUGCUAAUGCUCGACGGGAAGUCAAAAACUACGUUUUGCAGACCUUGGGCACAGAAACUUAUCGGCCUAGUUCUGCCUCACAAUGUGUGGCUGGUAUUGCUUGUGCAGAGAUCCCAGUAAACCAGUGGCCAGAACUCAUUCCUCAACUGGUAGCCAAUGUCACAAACCCCAACAGCACCGAGCAUAUGAAAGAGUCAACAUUGGAAGCUAUUGGUUACAUUUGCCAAGACAUAGACCCAGAGCAGCUACAGGACAAAUCCAAUGAGAUUCUGACUGCCAUAAUCCAGGGGAUGAGGAAAGAAGAGCCUAGCAAUAAUGUGAAGCUGGCUGCUACCAAUGCACUCCUGAACUCAUUGGAGUUCACCAAAGCGAACUUUGACAAAGAGUCUGAAAGGCACUUUAUUAUGCAGGUGGUCUGUGAAGCCACACAGUGUCCAGAUACAAGGGUACGAGUGGCUGCUCUGCAGAAUCUAGUGAAGAUAAUGUCUUUGUAUUAUCAGUACAUGGAGACAUACAUGGGUCCUGCUCUUUUUGCAAUCACAAUCGAAGCAAUGAAAAGUGACAUUGAUGAGGUGGCCCUACAGGGCAUAGAGUUUUGGUCCAAUGUCUGUGAUGAAGAAAUGGAUUUGGCCAUUGAAGCUUCAGAGGCAGCAGAACAAGGACGCCCCCCUGAGCACACCAGCAAGUUUUACGCUAAGGGAGCACUACAAUACCUGGUUCCCAUCCUUACACAGACACUAACUAAACAGGAUGAAAACGAUGACGACGAUGACUGGAACCCCUGCAAAGCAGCAGGGGUGUGCCUCAUGCUUCUGUCCACCUGCUGUGAAGAUGACAUUGUGCCACAUGUCCUCCCCUUCAUUAAAGAACACAUCAAGAACCCUGAUUGGCGAUAUCGGGAUGCAGCAGUAAUGGCCUUUGGAUGUAUCUUGGAAGGACCAGAGCCUAAUCAGCUCAAACCACUAGUUAUACAGGCUAUGCCUACCCUAAUAGAAUUAAUGAAAGACCCCAGUGUAGUUGUUCGAGACACAACAGCAUGGACUGUGGGCAGGAUUUGUGAGCUGCUCCCUGAAGCUGCCAUCAAUGAUGUCUACUUGGCACCCCUGCUGCAGUGUCUGAUUGAAGGCCUCAGUGCUGAACCCAGAGUGGCCUCAAAUGUGUGCUGGGCUUUUUCCAGUCUGGCUGAAGCUGCGUAUGAAGCUGCAGAUGUAGCAGAUGAUCAGGAAGAACCAGCCACCUAUUGUUUAUCUUCUUCAUUUGAACUCAUAGUUCAGAAGCUUCUGGAGACCACAGACAGACCUGACGGACACCAGAACAACCUGAGAAGUUCUGCAUAUGAAUCUCUAAUGGAAAUUGUAAAAAAUAGUGCCAAGGACUGUUAUCCUGCAGUGCAGAAAACAACUCUGGUCAUUAUGGAACGACUGCAGCAGGUGCUUCAGAUGGAGUCACAUAUCCAGAGCACGUCAGAUAGGAUCCAGUUCAAUGACCUUCAGUCCUUGCUUUGUGCAACUCUUCAGAAUGUUCUUCGGAAAGUGCAACAUCAAGAUGCUUUGCAAAUCUCUGAUGUGGUCAUGGCCUCCCUGUUACGGAUGUUCCAAAGCACAGCUGGGUCUGGGGGAGUGCAAGAAGAUGCCCUGAUGGCAGUUAGCACACUGGUGGAAGUGUUGGGUGGUGAAUUCCUCAAGUAUAUGGAAGCCUUUAAACCGUUCCUGGGCAUUGGAUUGAAAAAUUAUGCUGAGUACCAGGUGUGUUUGGCAGCUGUUGGCUUAGUUGGAGACUUAUGCCGAGCCCUACAAUCUAACAUCUUACCUUUCUGCGAUGAGGUGAUGCAGCUGCUCCUGGAGAACUUGGGGAAUGAGAAUGUCCACAGGUCUGUGAAGCCACAGAUUCUGUCUGUGUUUGGUGAUAUUGCCCUUGCGAUUGGUGGAGAGUUUAAGAAAUACCUAGAGGUGGUAUUGAAUACUCUGCAACAGGCCUCCCAAGCACAGGUGGACAAGUCAGACUUUGACAUGGUGGAUUAUCUGAAUGAGCUAAGAGAAGGCUGCUUGGAAGCUUAUACUGGAAUUGUCCAGGGAUUGAAGGGAGAUCAAGAGAACGUACACCCGGAUGUAAUGCUGGUACAGCCCAGAGUAGAAUUUAUUCUGUCUUUUAUUGACCACAUUGCUGGAGACGAGGAUCAUACAGAUGGAGUAGUAGCCUGUGCUGCUGGGCUGAUAGGGGACUUAUGUACAGCAUUUGGAAAGGAUGUACUGAAAUUAGUAGAAGCUAGGCCAAUGAUCCAUGAACUAUUAACUGAAGGACGAAGAUCGAAGACUAACAAAGCAAAAACCCUUGCUACGUGGGCAACAAAAGAACUGAGGAAACUGAAGAACCAAGCUUGAUCUGGUACCAUUGGGAUGAUAACCUGAGACCCCCACUGGAAAUCUCCAAUCUUUUGAAAAACCCGGAAGUGAGGCGUGUGCAAGGAUGCUGAAUGUUUGGGAAUGAGAGGAUGAGUGAGUGAGGCUUGAAAACACACCACAUUGAAAUCCUGCCGCAGCCGACAACAGCAGCGCUGUUAGUGAGCUAAGUAAACACUGACUUCGUAGAACACCAUAACAUCGGCCAUCUUGGAAAAAAGAAACUGGAUUUACUUGCUAAUUAAAAAAAAAAAAAAAGCUGUCUCUUCCCAGGGGAGGCUAGAACUAGCUUUUCUGCUUUGGCUGGUGCCGAAUGGAAUGACUGGUUGGGAGAGGAGGGACUGGGUUCAACUGUGGUGCUUUGUUGUAAAAGGCAGCCUGGCCUUUGCUACUGAGGAGAAAGAUGGAGCCCGGGUAUUGAGCCCACCCUCACUGUACCUUUGCCACAUGGUACUGUAUACAUGCCGGUUAGAAGGAGCGUGAGGGAUCUUACAGUCUGAGAAUGAGUGUGUGUGAGUGAGGCGGUAUCCACAUUCUCAACUUCAUCAUUGCAGUUUCUUUUUCCCAGAAAAUAAGGGGUUAGAUGUUGCAUUUCAUAAACUAACUGAAGUUCUGUCUACUGAUGCAGCACAAGAGACCUGUUUAAAAAAAAUAGGGAAGACGCUCUUUAGGUUUGUUUUUGUUUUUUAAUUAUUCUAGGGAAAACUGACAAUGGUCAGAGCUCCUAUCUGAGCUUUUCCUCAAGGCGCCUUUCCUGAUACGGUUCAACUGUGAAUGUAGAAGGGGGGAGGGGGGAGAAAAAGACAACUCUGGAGUUAGAGGAUAUAGAAAAAUAAAAGUACAAUUGUUACAGAUAAAAAAUGCAGACUUCAAAGACAGAAAAAGUCACAACCCAAACCAAAAUUUAAAUACUCAAAAAUUGGCAUCACAAAAAAAAAAAAAAAGCUCUCUCCUGACAUGGCAGUCUGAAUGCCCCCAGAAAAUUGUGCCAAAGAGUUUAGAAAACAAAUGUACAAUAAAAGUUAAACACAUACAUGUACACAUACACACACACACAAAAAAAAAAAAAAAAAAAAAGCAAACUUCAGGUAAC